UUCUGACGAUAGGACGUCGAUGUCACUGUGGCCAAUUGUGAUGUACGAUUCCCGCUCGUCAUAUGGUGCGGCUAUUUAUAAUCCGCCGUGAAAGUAUUGAUCAAAUAAGUGGCCAGAUCUUGGGCAGAACCAGCAGUUUGAGUACGGACCCAUUACACACACAGCCCACGAUGGAGUUAGCAGACCUUCCGAACGAAAUUUGGGAGAAAAUCUUCACCUUUCUUCCGGUGGAUGAGCUGGUGACUGUUUCCCUGGUCUGUAGCACCUGGUGUGAUGUAAUCCGCACUUUUAUCCUACCAAAGCAUGCCGUGCUGCACGUUCGUCCUGUUCAUCCCGUUACCCAUCAAUUGAUUGCCAUGGAGACGGUGCUUACGGAGCAAUCCACUAAACCUUACCCCUGGGCGAAUGUGAAAAUAACCAUUCCAAACGAGGAGCUUCCUCGCCGUUCGGAGUUUGUGCAGUUUUUCAAGCACCAAGGACACGCCGUGAAGUCACUUAGUCUGCAAUGCAUCCAGCUGACAUCGGAUAUACUGGAGGUGUUUCCUCAGCUGUACAACCUUGAACGUCUCUCCAUCAUCAGCGAGUCUGAAUCAUUGUAUGGUGCAGUUCCUGCAAACGUCGAAGUUGCACUUACCUCGCUGAAGGGUCUCAAACACCUCAGAUUACAUCUUCCCUCGUAUACCAUCCUGCGCAGUGUUAACUUCCUUAAUGGAGCAAGGCUCGUUUCACUUUCUCUCGAACGGUUUGAGAUGGAGCUGCAUCAUCUAAAACCGCUGCUGAACGAUCACCAUCGAACUUUGCGCGAACUAACUGUACGUGUGGAGGAGAUGAAGCCUUUGCUAGCGCUGCUGAACUCCUACGCUGAACUCAAGCUGUACCGGAUCAAUCUGAAAAGUGCCGGCAAUGAGGAUGAUUUCUCCGAUGAACUGAUAGCGUUGUACGAGCGACAACCGCAGCUACGUUCACUUACGAUCGGGUCGGAGCUAUCACUGCGGGCGGUUGAUGCACUACCGAAGAAAUUGCUCCAUCUGCAGGAACUGGAAAUCAUCGCCGAAAGCAUCAACAACUGUAAAGCGCUUAGCGAGUUGCGACAGCUGCGCCGGCUUACCAUGUGUCUGUACGAUGUCCGUGCCUGGGAUGAAACGGUACAGAUUGCCGAUGUGACGGAGCUAUCGUUGGCAGUAACAUUCCCACUCAUCUCACCGGCUAUAUUCUGCUCGUUCCCGAACCUGCACCGAUUGUAUCUGGAGGACGUAGACGACGAUACGUUAAUGCGUGACAUCGUUGUCGUACGUACGCUGAUGGAGUGUAUGCGCAAUGUGCGAGUGCUAGAUCUGGAGAACUUUGUAUUCAAAGAGCGUGAAAUACUGAACGACGGUGUGUUGCGCUUUGAAGAGAUGGAACAUGUAGAGUGUUUGAAGUACAGCUGCCGGGACAUGUCUGAUGCAUCGCUGCUUACUAUGAAUCUGCCGAACCUGCGGGAACUUUAUCUAACGCACUGUCCCAACGUGUCGAUAAAGGGAAUAUCCUUUCUCGUGUGUAACUGUCCACUUAUCGAGCGAAUGCAUCUCGAGUCGAACAAACGCGGGUUCGAGGAUGAUGGACUGGAGAUGAUAGCCCGUAAGCUCACCCAUCUAAGAAGGCUGGUUUUGGUGAAUCUACGUGCAAUUACCAAUGUUUGCUUGGAUGCGAUCGUGAACAACUGUUUCUAUCUUUCGGAUUUAACCAUAACACACUGCGUCGGCAUCACACUGGAAAAGGCGAACGCCAUCGAGAAGCUGUCGGGUGUAAAAUCUUUAAAAAAAUUAGUUUACAGCUAAUUACGUUACAUUAAAAGACGAACCUUCUGCAGUGUUAUAAAAGUACAGUGAGUACUAAAAGUAUUCGUCUAGCUGCAUAUUUUGCCCAAAAAAAGCUUAAUUCUGAGACGCGAUAGGUAUAGCACUGUUAAAUUAACGGCGAUUUAGUUAACUAACAAAGCUCACAACUAUACGAAAACUUUUUGUACUCACUGGUGUUACGGCAUAUGAGAGCUUUCAGCAAAAGACAACUUUAUGCACAGGAUCUUCAAAAGCUUCCAAACAAUCUCUAAUACACAAAUAAAUUUUUGUGUAAAUUAUGCUUACAAUAACUCGUGUCC